CAGCUGAAGAGUCCAUAGGUGCAAUAACUCUAAGCGAAAGUAUCCUCUCUCUCAAGGAGACUCGUUCUCUGAACCAAACCAACAUCCUUCACGUGUCCAUCUCCGCCGGACAUGGAGACUCCGCUGCUUGACGGAAGUCUCACCUCCGGCGAUGGAGACUACUUGCCUGUGAGGAGCUUCAAGGAAAUAAAGUCUAUGUUUUGGAUUGAGACAGUGAAGUUGUGGAAGAUUGCCGCACCAAUUGCGUUUAAUACUCUGUGCCAAUAUGGGAUAAACUCGGUUACUAACAUAUUUGUGGGUCAUAUUGGAAAUUUUGAGCUCUCUGCUGUUGCCAUUUCACUAUCUGUUAUUGGCACUUUCUCUUUUGGCUUCAUGCUUGGAAUGGGGAGUGCGCUGGAAACGCUGUGUGGUCAAGCUUUUGGUGCUGGUCAAGUCCAAAUGCUUGGUAUUUACAUGCAGCGGUCAUGGAUUAUCUUAUUGGUGACUUGUAUCUUCUUGUUGCCUAUUUACAUUUUCGCUAGUCCAAUACUUAAGCUGCUUGGGCAAGAAGAAAGCGUAGCAGACUAUGCUGGACACUUCACUUUGCUAGUUAUCCCGCAGUUGUUUUCACUUGCCAUCAAUUUCCCUGCCUCAAAGUUCCUUCAGGCCCAAAGCAAGGUUACUGCGCUUGCCUGGAUCGGCUUUGUGGCUCUGCUUCUGCACAUUCCCCUGCUCUGGCUCUUGAUUUUUGUAUUUGGGUGGGGUACAACUGGUGCAGCCAUAGCAUAUGAUAUUACCAGUUGGGGAAUUGCUGCGGGUCAAGUUGUCUAUGUCAUUGGUUGGUGCAAGGAAGGCUGGACUGGAUUAUCAAUGUCUGCGAUUAAAGACAUUUGGGCCUUUGUUCGGCUCUCACUUGCUUCAGCUGUUAUGCUUUGUCUAGAGAUUUGGUAUAUGAUGAGUAUUAUUGUCCUCGCUGGUCAUCUUGAUAAUGCAGUGAUUUCAGUUGAUUCGCUUUCUAUAUGUAUGAAUUUCAAUGGUUGGGAGGCCAUGUUGUUCAUUGGAAUAAAUGCCGCUAUAAGUGUUCGCGUCUCCAAUGAACUUGGAUUAGGACGUCCAAGAGCAGCCAAAUAUUCCAUAUAUGUGACUGUGUUUCAAUCAUUCCUCAUUGGGAUUCUUUUCAUGCUCAUCAUAUUGGUAGCCAAGGACUAUUUUGCAAUCAUUUUCACUGACAGCAAAGAUCUGCAAAUAGCAGUCUCUAAGCUAGCAAUUCUUCUUGCUGUCACCAUGGUUCUCAACAGUGUUCAGCCAGUAAUAGGAGGUGUUGCCAUUGGAGGUGGUUGGCAAGCAUUAGUGGCCUAUAUCAACAUUGGUUGCUACUAUAUUUUUGGGCUUCCUCUUGGUUUCCUCCUUGGCUACAAAGCAAACUUAGGAGUGAAGGGACUUUGGGGAGGAAUGAUAGCUGGAACUGCUUUGCAGACCUUGCUGCUCUUGAUUGUGCUUUACAGAACCAACUGGAACAAAGAAGUAGAGCAAACAUCAGAAAGAGUGCGAAGGUGGGGUGGGCAAGAAAUGGAUAAGGAGACGACUGUUAAAGGAGUAUGAAUGUAUCAUUUGAAUAAGUUGUCAACAAUUCUAUAUGUUCCUCCAUUAUUGUUUGAGAACCUUCAAUGGUAGAAACCUUUUAAGUUUUAUGUAGGAGUUGAUGCUUGAUCUAUUGAUUUUGCCUCUAGUGCAGCGAUGUACUUCUUCAGCUUGUGGCAUGGAGGCUUUUUGUUUA